AUGUCCACACAGCAGACCGCACAAAAAAUCUUCAUCCAGAUGUCUGGUGCACCGGGUUCCGGGAAGAGUACAAUGGCAAGGGUACUCGGAGAAUCAAUCGGUGCAGUAGUCAUCGACCACGACAUCAUCCGAUCCUCUCUUCUCGAAGCCAAUGUUCCAUUCGACCAAGCCGCAAAGCAGGCCUAUCAACUCCAGUGGGCACUAGCUCAAGAUAUCAUGAAGCAAGGUCAUAGCAUCAUCGUCGACAGCACCUGUAACUUCGAAGAAGUUCUCGAACGAGGUUCUGGACUUGCACAGCAGUACGGGUUCGUCUACUGGUAUGUCGAAUGCAAGGUUCAAGACAUCGAUCUGCUAGACCAACGGCUGCGUAACCGAGAUGCAUUGACGAGUCAGCGAACCGGGGUUGACCGCCCUCCCGCUGCUGCACAUGGUGCUCGUGCAGGCGAAGACUCCCACGCUCUCUUCCGGAAGUGGAUUGAGAAUCCGUGCCGUCCACUAGAUAAUACUAUCAUUGUGGACUCUACGGGCGACAUGGAGAUGCUCAGAGAUUUUAUACUGAAACGAAUUAUCGGUUAG